AUGGGUUCAGUAGAGCAAACAUCGCACUUCAAGAAGAUCCAGAACUUCAAGGCCGACUACACCGAGGUCGAAUUUACCCAGUAUGAAUCCCAGCGAACUGGUAUGCGAGCUGUGGUAGUCGACCGUAAAGGUCCGAAGGUGUACGGCUACUUCGCUGUCGCUACGGAGAUUCAUGAUGAUUCUGGUGCCCCGCACACAUUAGAACAUCUUUGCUUCAUGGGGUCACGGAAGUAUCCUUACAAAGGCGUUCUGGAUAAGAUUGCUACUCGAGCAUACUCCGAUACCAAUGCUUGGACCGAUACGGCUGAGACAGUCUACUCCUUGAGUACAGCUGGUUGGGAAGGAUUUGCACAGCUUCUACCAAUCUAUCUUGACCAUGUCAUCGUCCCAACAUUGACAGAUGCUGGAUGUUAUACAGAGGUUCAUCAUGUUGACGGGAAAGGCUAUGACGCAGGUGUUGUCUACUCCGAAAUGCAAGGACGAGAAAACCUUCAGGGCGACUUGAUGGACCUUCAAAUGCGUCGCCUGUUAUACGCCGAAGGAGAUGGCUACCGUUACGAGACCGGUGGCAUGACUCCAGCCUUGCGAGUCCUGACCGCUGAAAGGAUAAGGCAGUUCCACAGAGAUAUGUACCAGCCUAAGAACAUUAGACUUGUCCUAAUUGGAGAGGUUGAUCACCCCCAAUUGCUUGACAUAUUGGACAAAUUCGAAAACGAAAUCAUCGAUAAGGUUCCUUCUUUCGAUGCUCCAUUCCAGAGGCCGUGGGUGGAUUCAAAGCGUACCCAGCCACUUAGCAAGACCACGAUCGACACCAUCGAAUUCCCAGAGGAAGAUGAAUCAACAGGUGAAGUUCAGAUCGCUUUUCUCGGUCCGGAAGCAAACGACGACAAGGCCGAGACUGCACUGAACACCAUUCUCAUGUACCUGGCUGGAUCCUCCGUAUCAGUGUUGGUUAACACAUUGGUCGAGAAGGAGCAUCUUGCAAGCAUGGUCUACUUCUGGGUGAAGACACACUACGACAUGAUAAUCUGGUUCACUUUGACGAGCGUAGAAACCGAAAAGCUUGCAGAUGCGGAGAAAAGGUUUUUUGAGGUCCUCAAAGACCAUGCGUCUCGGCCGCUCGAUUUUGCAUACAUCAAGGAUUGCCUUCAUCGAUUCAAACGUCAAGUGCGAUUCACAUCAGAGGUGUCCAACGAUGACUACAAGGAGCCAAUCAUCAAGGAUCACAUUUUCGGCAACCGCGAUGGCUCUGACCUAUACGACUCUCUGGGUACGCUACGCGUUUUCGACGAGCUUGAGCAGUGGAAAGAGGAGGAUUGGAGAGCCUUUUUGAACAAGUGGAUUGCCGACGCUCAUCAUGUCUCCAUCCUCGGCAAGCCGUCUGUCGCUCUAAAUGAUAAGAUUAAGGCAGAUGAGGUUGCGCGUGUCAAGUCACAACAAGAAAAGCUAGGAGAAGAAGGCCUGAAGAAACUCGCUACAAAGCUCGAAGAAGCUCAGGCAGAAAAUGACAAACCAAUUCCGGAGGAAAUUCUAGCCAGCCUGAAGGUACCUGGAACCGAGUCCAUCCACUUUUUCGAUACUGUCACUGCGCGCUCUGGAUUGGCGAAGAAAGCAGGCGCACCAGACAACAGCAUCCAAAAAGUUAUUGACAAAGAUGGGAACGGCCUUCCACUCUUCAUCCACUACGAACACAUACCGACUUCGUUUGUUCAUUUUGGGCUCGCCCUAGGGACAGCUACAGUUCCCACGGAAUUGAAGCCUCUGCUCGGAGUGUACCUUACUAACUUCUUCGCAACUCCAAUCGUGAAAGAUGGAGAACGCAUCGAGUUCGAACAAGUCAUCACAAGCCUCGAGCAGGACACCAUCGAGUUCAGUCUGGACCGGGGUAAUGACAUCGGAAAUUCUGAAAUGGUUUUCAUCCACUUCGUUGCUGAAGCAGAGAAGUUCGAAACGGUCGUGAAGUGGCUAGCUACCCUCCUCAUCGAUUCCGUCUUCGAUACCGAGCGUCUGAUCGCCGCGGUGAAGAAGAUUGUUGCGGAUGUUCCUGAGGAGAAGCGUGACGGCAACAGCAUGGCUUUCGCAGUUGAUCGCAUGAUUCAUUACGACGCAGCGUCCGCUGUCCGUGCUACCAACACUCUGGUGAAGGGGGCAUACCUCCGGAAGAUUCUUAAGCUCCUCAAGACCGAACCCGAGCAGGUCAUUGAGAAACUGGAAUCAUUGCGAAAACAUCUCCUCACCUUUUCGAAUCUCCGCGUGUUGGCGAUUGCAAAUUUCGAGAAACUACCCAAUCCAGUGUCGACCUUCAGGCACCUGACAGACGCCAUCAAACCCGGUCCUAACCCAGACGUCAACCCCAUCGACGACCGCAAAGCAAUGUUGUCGCCCAUAGGCCGCAAUCCAGGAGGCGCACACUACAUCGUUCCCCUCCCGAUCGACUCAUCCUUUGCAGUCCUGACCUCCCGUGGACCCUCAUCUUACACGUCACCCCAAUUGCCCCCUCUCAUUGUAGCUCUCGCCUAUCUCGACGCCGUCGAGGGACCAAUGUGGGCCAACAUCCGCGGGACAGGUCUCGCGUAUGGCACCAAUUUCUUCCGAGACGUGGAGACAGGGCUCCUCAAGUUCCGCAUCUACAAAUCGCCCAACGCUUUCUCUGCGUACCAGAAGGCGGCCACCGUUGUCAAGGAAUACGGGAAUGGAACCCGCAAAUUCGAGAAAUUGGCGCUGGAAGGUGCGAUCAGCAGCAUCGUACGCGACUUCGUGGAUGAGAAGGCAACGAUUGUGGAUGCAGCGAAGGGCAGCUUUGUGGAUCUUGUAGUCAGGGGACUUGACAAGAACUACAGCGACUGGAUGCUGGCCGAGGUGAGGAAGGUGGAGGAAGACGAUGUCAAGAAGAUCUUGAAUGAGGUGGUCAGUGGGGUGUUCGAGGCCGACAAGGCGGAUUUGGUGGUCAGUUGUGGUGCGACCAUGGUUGAUGAUCUCAAGAAGAAUUUCGAAGAAGCCGGCUUCAAGCCUGAAGUCAAACCGUUGUCCGACUUCGAGGACGACUACGGCCUCGAGGGUGAGGAAGAUGAUGAAGACAUGUCUGGCGAGGAGGAUGACGAAGAGGAUGGUAGCGAGAGUGGAAGUGAGAUGGAGGCAUAAUGAGAUGUCUGACCACAGGACAUCGUUUUCAGUACGGUUUGAAAAUCAAACCAGGAACAACAUGCCUCUUUAGUCUACAAUCCUACAUCCAUACUUGACCAUUGCAUAUCAUACAGACUCCGAAUGUCUCUGAAAGAAUGUCAUUGUCAGCAGCUGAUUAAGUCAAGAAACAAAUGUACUUUCUUCACUGCUCUUCGCCAUAUUGCUCGAUACAUUGUUGUAUGGGUACGUAAACCUCCCCUCCAAA